AUGUUCCUUCAGGAGAUGAACCGAGUCCACGAGAUGAUCCAUGCCCCAUCCUUUCAGAGCAAAUAUAAUGCAUGGUGGAUUGCCCAGGAACAGAACGAUAUAUCGGGAGAGAACAAUACGUCUGAUGAAGAUCUGAAUUUCGGAUUGCUGGUAAUACGAAUAUGUCUCAUCAGCACCCAAUGCCUUCCACACUCCAAGUUUCCCACAGAAGGGAUAAUUAAAAUCUCUCGAAAUCACCUAGAGCAAUGGCUUUAUUCUAUGGCCGACGAUAUUGACAAGUCUUUACAAUCCAAGAAACCCUCCUUGGUGACGGUGCAGCACCGCUUUUAUCAUGUAUGCUAUCUAAAGGCCUAUGCCAGGAUCCGAGAAUGCUGGUCCAUCCUCAGCGCCACUGUCAAGGAUGCACAUGAAGUUGGUCUCCAUCUGAAAGAUCCGGGUAUCCGACUCUCAGAGCUGGAAAUGGAGAUCCGGAGACGGUCAUUUUGGACGCUAUACAUUUGGGAUCGCUUCAUGUCUGCGUUCUUCGGACACUGGCCACUCAUCCCCGAGGGAUAUUUCGAUAUCGAACCACCACACGACAACAUCCAAGCCCUCUCACUCAGGCCCUACGUUCUAACCCCAUUCACCGACCGAGUAUUCCUCGUGAAGCUCGCUCGUUUCCUAUCAGCAUUCAUGAGUCCACCAUCCUGGCAACACGACCGCGUCGACUCCAUCGUAAUAGCAGACUUCACUCAACGAUUCCAGCAAGUCAUUAUCGACCAACUACCCUAUGCUUUUUGGUUAGACAAUCCCGACACAUCGUGGGAUUCUGUUGAUCUCUCCCUUGCCGGUAAGAGGGAGAUGCUCCACCUCUCUAUAUGGGUUACGAAAGCCUCCCUUUACAAAGCCUUCGCCGACCCAUGCAGUAGUCUCCAGCAGCAAAAGGGUCCGACACUAAAACACGGAAGCGAUCCUCUUGCUCUUGCCCAUCGUCGGACUCUGAUGGAGACAACGUGCAAGGUGAUCUCCUCAAUUGGCAACUUGUACAGCCUUCUAGGCGAUGAAGAAGCCGGUUCAGCAGAAAAACUAUUUCUUCUCCCCGUUUGUCUUGUUGAAGCACUCGCGACCUUAGGUGUUUGUUUGCUGUCCAUCCGGGCAGAUGAGAGGACCCUCAGUCUAGAUGGUAUUCAGUGCGCUACUGAUACUGAUCUGCCACAAAGGUACUUGGCGUUUUCCAGUGGAUACGGUCUUCUUUGUCGACAAAGUCCACGACAUGCAAUGGCCAGAAAGGGUGUGAAUAUGCUGAAGGGUCUGCAUGAUACACUACAUGCUUCAUUCCGAGCCACUGAUAUACUUGACACUUAUGUUGGAGAGACGCUGGAGACGGAGUUUCGAAAAGGAUAUGGAGCUGCCGCCUGUCAGAUGGAGCAUGCAUUGGAGUCUCUGCAUAGUUACGAUGGCGAGGGUGUUCAACGAGGGUUUCCAGUGCCUGAAUGGGUACCGUCAUUUAUGGCAUCACCGGGACGAUCGUGGCUGUUUCACGACGAUACGGCCUUUGCAGAUUUGAUGGCAUAG